AUGAGAAAAAGACAGUUCCUCAAAAGGAACCACUGGUGUAGAAAAUAUAAUAAUUCUCAAGAAACAAUAGACUCUGACAUAUUUCUUAAAGAUAUUGAUAGAUUAGCAGCUAAAAUAAUAAGUGAUGGUGAAAAAGAAUUAAAUAGAGAUGUUAUAGACUUGGUGUCUAGUGAUGAGAGUAGUGAGGAGGGGUAUAUAGUCAAACCAGGAAUCAAGUUUGGAGGAGAUUAUUUAUUGUAUAGAGAAGGUCCCGGAAUAAACCAUGCUGACAUAAUUGUUUUGAUAAGAUAUCAUGAAGAAAAACAUAAUUGGACUUCAAUCUUAGGACAGGUCCGUGUUGCCUCAUCUACAGUAAAGGAUGUGUUAAUUGCUGAAGUAGUGAAGACUAGUGGGAAGAUGUAUAAACUGCCUCAUGAUUUGAGAGAAUACAGUGUACGAGAGAUAUUGUUGUCAAGAACCAUUCCAGUGUCAAUAAACAAUGAUGAUGAA